CGAAGGCAGAGACAGACAGCCAUCCCAGGGGGAGGAGGAGGAAGCAGCCAGGGUGGGGAGCAAUUAGGGUGACAGGAUUAAUAAUAAUAAUUAUUAUUAUUGCUGUUAGAAUCAGACGGCUUUCGACAAAGCGAGCUGUCCUUGGGUCGUCUUUUGGAGAAAAGGGGAUUGCAAGAGACACCACCACCCUUCCACUCCCCAGCUUGCAUUUUUGGCCGGCCGCAAUGCCUUUCCUCGGGCAGGACUGGCGAUCUCCCGGGCAGAACUGGGUGAAGACGGCGGACGGGUGGACCCGGUUCCUGAACGCCAACGAGAGCAGCUUCCUCAGCGAGAGGAACAGUUACUGCAGAAAAGGAGACCAUGAGAAGGAGAACAUUUUCAACAGCAUCAACUGUGACGUCGCUGUAAAGAAGAGAAAGAAAGACCAUCUGAACAACAAGACAAAGAUUCAGUAUUUUCAUCAAGAAAAAUGGAUUUACGUACACAAGGGAAGCACCAAAGAACGUCACGGUUAUUGCACCCUCGGAGAAGCUUUCAACAGACUCGAUUUUUCCAAUGCUAUUCUGGAUUCCAGGCGAUUCAACUAUGUCGUUCGGCUGUUGGAACUGAUAGCAAAGUCCCAGCUAACGUCGCUGAGUGGAAUCGCCCAGAAAAACUACAUGAACAUCUUGGAAAAAGUUGUUCAGAAAGUCCUGGAAGACCAGCAGAACAUCAGAUUGAUACGGGAACUGCUGCAGACUCUUUAUACCUCCCUUUGUACACUGGUCCAAAGUGUUGGCAAGUCUGUUCUGGUUGGGAACAUCAAUAUGUGGGUGCACAGAAUGGAGACGAUCCUUCACUGGCAGCAGCAGCUGAACAGCAUCCAAAUCACCAGGCCCCCCUUGAAAGGUCUGACUUUCACAGAUCUGCCCUUAUGCUUACAACUGAACAUCAUGCAGCGACUAACAGAUGGCAGAGACAUUGUGAGCCUUGGGCAAGUGACACCGAGUCUUCAGGUGCUGAGUGAAGACCGGUUGCUCUGGAAAAAACUUUGCCACUACCACUUCACAGACAGACAGAUUCGCAAGCGUUUAAUCUUGUCAGAUAAAGGACAUUUGGAUUGGAAGAAGAUGUACUUCAAGCUUGUGCGAUGCUACCCGAGGAAGGAACAGUAUGGAGAUACUUUGCAGCUCUGCAAACACUGUCAUAUCCUCUCCUGGAAGGGCACUGAACAUCCAUGUACAGCUAACAACCCAGAGAGUUGCUCCGUUUCUCUUUCUCCCCAGGACUUCAUCAACUUGUUCAGAUUCUGAACUCCAGAGUGAUUUCACUGUAUCUCUCAAUAUCUUGAAGGGACGCUUUGUACUGCUGAGAAGACCCACUUGGCCUGUAUAUAGACUGUAAAUACUGCAGUUUGAUACUCCUGCACGAUGAGAUUUUAGGAGGCACUGUCAUUCAAGUGGCAUCAGACUCUUUUAAGAUCGCAGCCUUCUACUAAUCGAACUGAUGUGCAGAAAGACAUUGCUUUGUAGAUACGUCGCUUUGUAAGAAUAAGAGUAAAAGGUAUAGGGGAGAGAGAGAGUUCUGCUUAAGGGAUUCUGACGGAAUGUUCUCUGUCCAUUUGAAAUGUCUCUUUGGUUUCAGCACAUGGAAAAGGAAAUUAUUGUUGGUCUAAAACAGUGGUGGGG